AUGUACGAAAAUCUUCCAAUCCUCCGAGGAAUGUACUUCACAAUGUUUCAGUACUAUAUUAUAACUGCGUACUUCGCCCUAACAGUGGCGAUUUUGGGUACUUUUGUGACAGAUAUUAUCCUGAAUUGGGCUCUUCACUGUACCAAACCAAAGAAUGAGAUAGAAUAUGAGUUUGAAAGGUCUGAACCAGAUUCCCCUUGUGCAGACCGCAACGAUAGAAUUCAGAGCUAUGAACAAUCUAAUGAUAUGAACUCUGAAGAGGAUGAUAUUAUGCCAAUCGAGAGAAGAGCUCGAUGUGGAAAAACUCGUUGCAAAGGAAUUUCUUGAUUAAAUUCAACCAUUAAAGUGCUUAUUAUCGUUCUAGAAAUCCUCUUAGCCUUAUUAAUACUGGGCUAUUUGGAUUUAUUGUUAGUCUUUGACAUAAUAGAAGGAGGUUUAAAGAUUACUUCCUUCAAGUUCUUAUUAUUCAUGUCGAUACUCAUAUGUCUUCUCAUUAGAUUUUAUGAAAAGUUUGAACCUAGAAAAUGCACACAAAAAAUUAUUUCAGUUGUUUUCAUUGUUUCUCUUCCUCUAAUCUUUGCUUUAUUUUAUGCUCAAUUAACAUUUAUUAAAGGAUUUUGACUUUGUAUUUGGAAUCAGGCAACGCCAGGUUUAAAUCAUGGUGAAGGGCAUCUUUCGUCUGCGUACACAAGAAGUCAUAUGCCAUCUACAUGUCCUGUCGAUGAGACACCAUGUUUGCUCUACGUAACCCUUCCUGAAAACUCUUUAAACGAAGUAUUCAUCAAUUUCCAUGUCAAUGUAGAAUCUUGAGAAGGGUCUUGAACACCCACACUUUUAUGGAAAGAAUACACUACAGGUUUAGAUUUACAAGAUAGUUCAAACUGGAAUAAAUUCACUAUAAAUGCAUCCGACUAUGAGAGCCCUAAGAAUGAAUACUCAAAGAGAUAUAUUUAUACUGCAUAUAUGAAAUCACUCAAGCCUAAUACUAGAUAUGUAUUUCAGAUAACUUCUUCUAGUUGGAAAAGCCAGACAGCAAAGACUUAUGUGUACAAAACUUUUGAUGAAUCAAAAAUUGUCAUUGUUGACGGAGGCGAUGUAGGAAACAGCCAUAUUACAGAAACAAUGAAUAAAAAUACAGUGAGCAAGAUUGAAAUGGAUCUCAUUAUGCUUGGAGGCGACAUUGCUUAUGACAACAAUAUUGCAGCAUGCUAUAGGUCCUGGGACUACCUUAUCAAGAGACUACCGCAGCAAAGAACUGAUCCUGUCACUGGACUCACCAGAUUAAUUCCUACAAUUUAUGGUGUGGGAAAUCAUGAUAUGGGUAUAAAUCCUUAUAAUGGAGCAAAGAUAACUCAUAAUGCGAAUGAGCCAGCAUUUAAGCAUUACUUCCCACAAAAUACGUACGAUGGAAAGAUUCCAUAUGGCACUGAUAGGAAGUCUUACUCUUUACAAAAAAUUGGGAAUCUUCUUGAGAUCUACUCGCUUGAUACAGGUUACGAUACUAAAAUGGAAGGCGAACAAAUGGAAUGGAUGAUACUAAACUUAGAGAGGAAUAGUGCCACUUAUAGAUUUGCUCAAUAUCAUGGGCCAGUUUAUUCAGCUUGCAAACAAGAUGCUCAUUUCGAUCACACAGUUAGUGAUAAAGGCAAGAAGUACUGGAUUCCAAUUUUUGAUCGCUACAAUAUGACAAUUGUUUUUGAAAAUCACACUCAUUCAUUCAAAAGAAGCAAGAGAAUCAAAAAUGGAAAAGAAGAUUCUACAGGUACGCUAUAUCUUGGAGAAGGUAACUGGGGUGUUAAGAAACCAUCAGGAGUCUGCGUUCCAGAGAACGCUGACCUCCAUGUAAAGUCUACUCUCGAUAACAAUAUUUGGAAGGUAGAAGUUACUCCUACAGGUAUUAUUGCUACUGCUUACAAUGAAAAUAACGAGCAACUUGACAGAACUACUAUUGAUGUCUAAAUCUAAAAAUUCAACUUUUCC